AUGCCAUCUCAAGAAGAACUCGCCGAGCUCCGCGCCCGCUUCGAAGCCGCGCGCAGCUUCGAGGACGACGACGACUGGCUGCUCUCCCCAAAGAUCGGCACCGGCACCGGCACCAGCUUCAGCCGCCGCUCGACCCUCACCCCGACUGCGGUCAAGAAGCAUCGCCCUCAGAGCCUCGCCGUCAAGAGCCUGGCCAAUUCGGCUACCAAGCGCAAGACUCUGGACCUCGAGGCCAGCAAGAAGAAGUGGGAGGCAAUUCCGUCCUUCGAGCCACCAUCUUACCAGGAGAAGGCGUAUGCUCCAGAGGUAGUCCCGAGCUAUUUGCCGGACUUGGAGGUGACUGUCGACAUGAUCUGGGCGUACGGUUUCCGGCUUGAUGAGAAUGGCAUGUGGGUGCACCCUGACCACGAGGAGCCGACGCAGCCUGUAGUUGAGGAGGAGAAGCCGCCGCUUACGCCGCUCGAUAUUCUGCGGGCUAAUAUCGAGGCGAAGAAAGCUAGUAGCAAGAGGAAUCGUGGCAAGAGACUUGGAUGA